AUAGUGAAGAAAGAGGCGAAGAAGGCUGUUGCUUCUGAGAAGGCAGCUCACUAUGCCGAUCGUAAUGAGAAACUCCAGUCUCGUGAUGGUGAGCGUAAUGACGCCAUCAGCGAGCGAUUCGGUGUAGCACCCAUUGUCGAUAAAAUGCGAGAAGCCCGUCUACGAUGGUAUGGUCAUGUUCUUCGCGCAAAGGAUAACAGUGUCCGUAAGAUCGGUCUCAACCUCGAAGUGUCCGGAAAGCGGCCUAGAGGACGUCAAAAGCAGCGGUGGCUCGAUACGUUGCACGAAACCUUAAAGCGGUUAGCAUCCACCCCGAUCGAGCGUUCAAUCGGAAGAAGUGGCGUCAACAUAUCAAGAAAGCGGACCCUGCCUACAAGCGGGACAAACGCUAAAGAAUAA